AUGGUAACGACAGCGCAUGCGCAGGAAGCCGAGGAAGAAAGAGUUGAGGAUGUUGGAAGAAAAGAGGGAGAAAGAGGAAGAGAACUCUGCGCCCGGUGUAAAGAUCCACUCCCGUUAUGGGCCUCCGAAACUCCCAGUGAAAUCGAUGCCAACUUCACCCGCCCAGUUGCUAUCACCACCCCCACUAGUACUAGCAUCGAUAUCAAUAGCUGUAGCAAUGACACGGAUACGAGCAUGCACGGUACUACCUCACAGUCAACCCCGAUAACAUACCCCAUCUCCCCAGUAUCCGACUUAAUAAUCCAUCUCCCCACCCAGGCAGUCUCCCACUGCUAUCUAGUCUCCUCCCAAAUUCUCCGUGUCGUCUCCCCGGUGUGGCGACGUCAUCUAGACCCCAACAGUCCCUUCCAAUCCCUCUCCACUUCCAUGGAAACGAUCUCAGACCGUCCGCAUAUAAUUAUGACACUAUAUGAGGAUGACCCGGACACUUUACUAUCGGUUCUAAACAUCCUUCAUUUCUCCACAUCGAGUAUUCCGACAACAUCGAUAAACUUUGGACAACUCAGGUCUUUCGCGGUCUUGUGUGAUAAGUACGACUGUAUACAUGUGUUGAACGCUUAUUCGAAGGUAUGGUUGGACGAAUGGGCCCCCGUUGCAUGUGAACCGGGGUAUGAGGACUGGCUGUUUAUUGCCAAGGUUUUUGGAGAUCCUAGGAAUACCAAGGAGUUGGAGAAGCUGCUGGUCCAAGAGGCCGGUUCGUUAAGCGUUUGUGGGGCUUACUUUUUGAGAUGUGGAAGGGUGGUGGAGACGAUACUUUUGCCAGAGAAAACAUUGGAAAAAAUAAUGUCCUCUCGAGUAACAGAAUUAACGCGUCAAAUCUCCGUAUGGCGGACGUUUUUACAGACCUUCAUAUCAGAAAAUGUUACAAAAGGCUGUUCGAAUUGGGAUUGUGUGACACUUUCGUACGGAAAUCUUAUUAGAUCGGUUGAACAAUCUGGCCUCGUUAAGAUCUUCAAUCUGCUAGAGGAAUGGCAUGGCAAUAUUAGGGACUUUGAAGAGAAGACUGGGGGAAUACAGCUGGCUAAUGGGACUAGGUUUCAUGGGUAUGGAUGGUGUCCUGUAGAGAAUCUAAAUGUCGGACUGAGGAGUCGGCUUGGGAGAGUUGAUAGUUAA